AUGGCUCCUGAAUAUGCAAUCAGAGGUUAUUUGACAGACAAAUCAGAUGUUUACAACUUUGGAGUAGUUCUAUUGGAGACUGCUUGUAUUCUGCAAGAGCGGGGAAACCUUUUAGAACUUGUGGAUCCGAGAAUUGGUUCAAACUACUCAAAAGAAGAGGCAAUGAGGAUUUUAAACUUGUCUCUUUUAUGCACCAACGCAUCUGCCGCCUUUAGACCGUCCAUGUCUUGUGUGGUGAGUAUGAUCGAGGGCAAUAGCCCAGUCCAAGCGCCAAUAGUGAAGCUUAGAUCAGAGAACGAGGAUUCCAAGUUUGAAGCCAUUGAGGAGCUAUCACUGGACACCCAGACAGACGUCUCCACAGUCUCUCAGACACAGGUGGAGCCAAAAAAUUUAAUUUGGACUCUAUAA